AGCGGUUCGUUUCUUCACCUCUUCAUAACUUCUUUCUCUCUCUCUCCCUCUCUCUCUAUCUCGCUUGCCCGCUGCGGCUUUGUAUAUUGAAGCCUCUGUACGUUGCACCAUAUAUAGUUUACCUUCUUAUUCGCCUGUGGUUCGAUUUCUGAAGUGGGUAUUAUUCGAGUUUUCGAUUGAAUAUGGACUUGGCUUUGAGUUUGGGGGACUCAGCAAAGCCCUUCCGUUUCAUGGCAAAGACCAGCCACAACAGCGUAGGGUUCAAGAUGGGACUAUCCUUAGACACAAAAGAAGGGCAUGGCGAAGCAGAAGAGGGGAGGAUUCAUGUUGAAGACGAUGAAGAAGAAAGGAGUUCGACGGACCCUCCCGUUCAACUCGACCUUCUCCCUCUCCUUCCUAUUUCUCAUCAGCAUCAGGCUCACCAAUCUGGUUUUCCGUGGCCAUCCGAGAACGGGAAUUCUGAGGCAGAGGUGGCGUCGACGAGGGGAUUCGAUGUGAACAGAGCACCUUUCGGCGGAGAUUUGGAGGAGGAGGCUGCGGUUUCUUCGCCCAACAGCACGGUUUCUUCGUUUCACAUGGACUUUGGCGUGCUUCCUCAGAGCAGAAGGGAUCCAGAUGGCGUUCACAACGUGGGGGAGGGGGAAAGGGCGUCGUCGAGGGCCAGCGACGAAGAGGAGAACGGGUUGACCAGGAAGAAGCUGAGGCUCACCAAGGAGCAAUCCGCGUUUCUGGAAGAAAGCUUCAGAGAGCACAACACCUUGAAUCCGAAACAGAAGCUUGCCUUGGCAAAACAGUUGAAUCUUAGACCCCGUCAGGUCGAAGUCUGGUUUCAGAACAGAAGAGCAAGGACGAAGCUGAAGCAGACGGAGGUGGAUUGCGAGUACUUGAAGAGGUGCUGUGAGACGCUGACGGAGGAGAACCGGAGGCUGCAGAGGGAGCUGCAGGAGCUGAGGGCGCUGAAGACGGCGCAGCCCUUCUACAUGCAGCUGCCGGCGACGACGUUAACAAUGUGCCCUUCCUGCGAGAGGGUUGCCUCUGCAGCAGCAGCCGAUAACAGCAGCACCAACAAGGCAACAACACCGGCUGCCCCGGGAUCUGGCUUUCCUCUCUCAACCAGUAAGGCUCGGUUUUAUCAGCAGUCCUCUCGGCAGCAGCCCACUGAUGCCUCGUGAGACAGGGAGAGGGAGGUUAUAGAUACACAUGCUUUGUUCACUUUUAGAAGGAAACGGUGGAUCAUUUUUUUGAUUGAUGGUAGUGGAAAAUGGGGGACGGAAGGUGGGUUUAGAGUAGUGUUACGCGGGAUUUUGGGUCGCAGAAGAUGAUGUUUCGUGUCGUGUCUUGGUCGUCCUCGUCGUUGUUCCAUGUAAUUUUUGUCAUAUUUAACGAAGAGAGAUGGUACA